GAGGACAGGGAUCUGCUGGUCCUGAUGACUCAGGAGGACCUGGAUAGCUAUCUGAAGCUGGAGGAUCAGGUUGGAGCUGGACUGGCCUGGUUGAUUCCAAAAAUGCUCCCAGAGGGGGUGGGGGACCCCAAUAAGGAGACUGUUGAUCCCUCCGAGGAUCAAGCUGACUCCUGGGAUAAGACUGGUGUCAAGAUGGGGAGCGCUGACAGGGCCACCCCCAGUGAUGUGGGAGAACUACCGAAUCUUGGCAGCAAAGAGACAGUCCUAGGGGACUUAGAGGAAAUGGGCAAAUGGGCCCAAAGAGCACUUGUUUCCAAUAACUCAAGGAGAAGCACAGGGGCUGCUGAGCUAAAGUUGUCCAGAGGCUGGCAUAGCUGCCAAGAGGAGCUAGCAUGUAUGGAGUUAGCUCACUUCUGCAUCCGCCAGAUGAUGAUGACUAUUUCAGCAGAUGUGCAAGGGCUCCAUGCAGCCCUGCAGUGGACAGAGAAGAAUCUGCAUGACACUCUGAACACACAGGACAAGGAUGAACUGGCCUUUCGCCUCGUCAGCCUAAGAAAGGAGCUGCACUUCUUUCAGCGUGACAUCAAAUGGCUCCAGGUUCAGUACCUAGGACCCCUCCUUUGGGCUGAUGUCAGCCUUAUCCGACUGCCCAUUCUCCAGGGAGACCUGGAAUUGGAGGCUGCCCAUUUGAGGCAGGUGACCCAGGCCCAGGAGCAGGUCAAAGGGCAGCUGCUCGGUCAGCAUGCCCGGCUGGACCUGUUGGAGCUCUGGUUGUCAAUGGAGCUGCAGGAGCAGAAUCAAGUGGAGCACAACCUGAAAGAGCUGCUGGAAGGACUACGGGGCUGGCAAUCAGAGCCACAGAGGAGGCUGACAAGGGUUGGAGACCAUCCUUGGGAAGGCAAGCCCAGCCCACAUUUGGAAAGAGGCUCUGGUGGCCAAACCUCCUAUCGGCUCUGGGAGAUAUUGGAGGGGCACAAGGAGCCACAGUUCUUUCACAGUUAUGGAACCAUAGCUGCUCGGAGCACCCACCUGCAGCAAGAGGUGAGGAUCUUGAGACAGCACCUGGCCAUACCUCCCUCCCACCUCUUUACUCUGGAGACUGACUGCAAAGCAUUGUAUGGGGUCUUGUACAACGAAUUUAAGCAACUGCUACUCCGUCCCAAGGUAAUAACAGAAUCUCUAGACAGUCUGAGUCUCUCUAUGAAUGACCUUUCCCAGUUACUGGCAAAGGUGAUGGAAAACCUCAGGACCAAGCGCAAGUCCAGCCAGAACCCACUUCAGCAGAUGGAGCACAGCCUCUACGUACCGUUCUUCUUAGAAGUUGGGCUGCUACGGGAGACAAUAGAGCAGUUGGAAAAGCAGGCUUCCCUUCUCGUGAUUCACCAGGGAGAGACACAGUCUGCUCCUAUCCACGGAGUGGACCUGACUCCCUGGACUGAUUUAGCCUGCAGGCCUCAAACACCUCAGCAAAGUAACCAAGGCAGAAGAGUCAACUGGGAAGAGCUUAAUAAGAGGUAGUGGCAGGCUCAGACCCUGCCAAGGGUAGCCUGAG